AUGAACGCAGCUGGUGUCAGCCGAGGCCUCAGCCUGCCUCCAGAGUUCCGCUUCCACCCGAGUGAUGACGAGAUUGUUGGCAUCUACCUCACGAACAAGGUGAGCAACAGGGACUUCACCUACACCGCCAUCGCAGAAGUAGACCUAAAUAAGAUUGAGCCAUGGGACCUCCCUUGGAAGGCAAAAAUGGGUGAUGAGUGGUACUUCUUGUACCAGAAGGACCACAAGUACCCGACAGGGCAAAGGGCGAAUCGGGCCACAGAGGCCAUUUACUAG